GAGAGUGCUGUCAAUGCAACUCACUUCCUGCCCCGCCUUCCAUGGGAAAAUCGGAUUUAAAUUUCCCAGGCGAUGCUGAGCUUGUCUUUAUCCCACCCUCUGCUUCUUGGACUAAUAAAACUCCCCUGCUUCUUAUGCACUUGCAUGUCUGAACACAGUGCCGUGUGGUGAGGUCCAAACCAUCCCUGGCCUUGGAAAAAUCACUGAUAAUAUUAAUUCAGGACUGGACAUUUUUUUGCCAGGAGGUGAUGGCUGCAAAGCAAAAAGGUGCAUUCUCUUUGGGUCCACCCCAUUGGGAAGUUAAAACCAAGCAGCGAGAUCCAGCAGCCCUUGAACUGGGGAUAGGAAAAGGCCUCCACAUUGUGGAUGAAUUGGAGGGGGCAGAAAUGUGCCAAACCACAUGAAACAGGAAUUGCAUAAUGAGCCACAGCAGCCAUGGGAAGCCCGACUGCAGGACUUCUUGCAAGCAAUGGAGAGUUCCAACUCAGAAAGAAAAAAUCCACACCAAGACACUUUGGCCUUAAGGGACACGACUCAGACUGUGCGGGCAGAUACAAUGCAAGAGGCACUGAUCCAGGUUCGGGCAAGUCCCGGCAAGGAAGUCCAACCAUUGGCUAAUGAUCAGUUGUCCAGAGACAAGGAAGAGGAAGGGGAAGUGAAAUUGGAGAAAGAAGAGGAUGGCGAGGAAGAGAAAGAUGCCAUUGGCACUGAUGCGCAACGUCGACGCUUCCGUCAGUUCCUCUACCAGGAGGUUGAGGGUCCCCGAGAGGUUUGCAGCCAUCUCUGGGACCUUUGCCACCGGUGGCUGAAGCCGGAGAGGCACACCAAGGAGCGGAUUGUGGAGUUGGUGAUCCUGGAGCAAUUCCUGGCUGUCCUGCCUCCAGAGAUGCAGAACUGGGUUAGCAAAGGAGGACCAAAAAGCUGCUCUCAAGCAGUGGCCCUGGCUGAGGACUUCUUGUUGAAACAGCUGCCCAGGGAGAACAGAAGAAAUCAGGAGGUGGCCGUACUCAAGAAGGGAGCAGCUGAGUUUUCUGAAGCAGAGGGCAGUCCCUUGCAUGCUUGGAAGACACCGCUUGUCAUGGAGAUCAAACAGGAAGGGGAUCAAGAUUCAGCCUCAUCAGCACGAGACUGUAAGAAGCAAAAGCAACGGGAAAAGGCCCAGGGAUUAGAGCUGCAUCAAAUACUGUCCAGAAGAGCUGGGCAGAAUUUUUCUACUUGGCCUCAACAAGGAGAAGCAUCCAGGAGUCCAGAAGAAGUCUGCCUUGAGCAAGGAGGAGAUAAAUUUAUUAAUUCCCAGGGAAGAUAUGUGGUGCUUGAGGAGAAUGUUGUCCAGCUAACGAUGCCUAUCACUGAGGCACAGAAACCUGGAAGCGAGCGAGACAAGUCAUGUGUUCAUUGUGGCAAAGACUUCCAACUCAAGUGCAACCUUCAAGCUCACGAGAGAACCCACACGGGUGAAAAACCCUACAAGUGCUCCGUAUGUGGAAAAGGGUUCAGCACAAGAGCUUACCUGAUCACCCACGAACGCAUCCACACUGGGGAGAAGCCUUACCAGUGUUCGGACUGCGGGAAGAGCUUUUGCGACAAUUCGAAUUUGAUCGUCCAUAAGCGGACCCACACCGGGGAGCGGCCCUACAAGUGCACGGAUUGCGGGAAGAGCUUCCGGGAGAGGCCGGUCCUUAUCAGACAUCAGAGGAUCCACACAGGGGAGAAACCCUACAAAUGUCGGGACUGCGGGAAAAGCUUCAGCCAGAGUUCGGGACUCCUGGUCCACGAACGGACCCACACACGGGAGAAGCCCUACACCUGCACGGACUGUGGGAAGAGUUUUGGUGGCAACUCAAAUCUGAGGGUACACAUGAGAAUCCACACUGGGGAGAAGCCGUUCCGAUGCCCGGACUGUGGGAAGAUUUUCAGUGACAGGUCGCUUCUUGUCAGGCAUCAAAUCACCCACCAGGAGGGGAAAUGUUAAGAAAAACAACAACCACAGACUUAUGAUCUUAGUAAAAACUGUGAAGCUUUGUGUAUUGUCGAAGGCUUUCAUGGCCGGAAUCACUGGGUUGUUAUAGGUUUUUCUGGGUUAUAUGGCCAUGUUCUAGAGGCAUUUUCUCC